AUGCAGCUUCCAAUGCUUUUCGCACUUCUCCCCUUGGCCUCGGCCAUCCCACUGGUCCAGACCAUUACGGAUGGCUGCGAACCAAGCACAGUCACUGUUACUGUUACUGUUUCAUCCACCGUCAGUACCGGUACCAGCGCGCCUCAGAGCGAUUACCCUCCGCCGGUCUACGACUGCAUAUGGCCUUAUGACAACUGUAACCCUUUUCUAAAUAGACCACCGCCGCCACCCACCACCAUUGCCAGUACCAGCACCAGCGCCAGCGCUAUCAGUACUCCUAGCAUUGACCCCAGUUGCCCGUAUGGUCUACCUUUUUGCUGGCCUACUUAA